AUGCCGGGUAUUCUUCCCAUGAAGGUUAUCAAGGUGGGCACUAGCUCGCAGAGUCGCAUCGCGCAAGCCUGCGACCGGUGCCGGAGCAAGAAGAUCCGCUGCGAUGGUAUUCGCCCAACCUGCUCACAAUGCGCCAACGUCGGCUUCGAGUGUCGCACCAGCGACAAACUCAGCCGUCGCGCCUUUCCACGUGGGUACACGGAGUCAUUGGAGGACCGCGUGCGGACACUGGAGACGGAAGUGCGGGAGUUGAAGGACUUGUUGGACGAGAAGGAUGAGAAGAUCGACAUGCUCUCUCGGAUGCAUGGCAACCGCCGCCAGCAUGCCGAGCAGUGCCAGACCCAGCCCGCUGCUGGGGUCAAGAAGGAAGCCGGGGCGCCGGCCAAGGAGGAUACUUUCCGGGUCCAAGCCUCGCCAUUGUUGCUCGGCGUCGAGAACUCGGACUCGUACUUUAUGGGUGCCUCGAGCGGCCGCGGGUUCAUUGAAUCCCUUAAGCGCAAAAUGCAAGAGAACGGCAAGUCUUGCUCCGAUUUCAACCCGGAGGCAUAUUUGCACAUCCAGGGGUGCUACCCCCUGACGACGAAGCCCCCCAGCCAGACGAUGAGGAUACCACCGCGUCUGUUCUCGGACAGAUGUGUCAACGUCUACUUCCAGGAGUGGGCUCCUCUCUUCCCCGUGCUUCACAAGCCGACCUUCCUCCGCGUCUACGAGGAGUUCGUCGCGGACCCCGAAAAGAUCAAGAACAACCACAAGCUCGCCCAGCUGUACCUGGUUUUUGGCAUUGCUGCCUUGUCGGGUGAGCAGCCCGACCUCCAUCAGAUUGCCGCCUGCGAACAGCAAUGGCAAAAGGCGCUCGAUGUGAUUCUCAUGGACAACACCAUGAUGACCCUGCAAUGUCUGCUGCUCGCGCUGGUGUACUGCACAAUCCGCGCCGACUACAAGAGGCUGCAACACUACAAGGGCAUCGCUGUCGGGCUGUCGCUCCGUCUCGGCCUCCACCAGAGCCAAAAACGCUUCUCCUUUGGCGUGCUCACGAUCGAGACCCGGAAGAAGGUAUUCUGGACUCUCUACACACUUGACUGCUUCACUGCCGCCAUCCUUGGCCUCCCUAAGCUGCUGAAAGAGGAGGAUGUGCACACGGAAUUCCCCUCGGAUACCGAUGAUGAGUACAUCACCGAGAAGGGCUUUCAGCCGAGCCUUCCGGGUGAGGCUACCCGUCUCUCCAACGCGCUAGCGCUAUUCCGGGGAGCCCGGGUUCUCGGAAAGGUGCUGGAGAAGGUCUAUCCCUCUGCUACCACCCACGAACUCUCGCUCCAACAAAUGUCUGCUCUCGGCGCGGAGCUUGAUGAGUGGUAUGAGAACUUGCCGUCUCACCUUAGACUCACGUUCAAGCAAGAUAAACCGUCGACCGAUAUCACCGGAUCCAGGUCCCCAAUAUUGGCCAUUGCAUACUAUUACACACGCACGCUUAUUUACCGCCCGGCUGUAACAUCCAGCCUUGGGCCCAAGGCAGCGCCAGCACUCAUCACUGUUAGCGAGGCGAGCAAACACAUCGUCCAAAUCAUCCAGCUUCUGGAGGAGAGAAGCAUGUCCUUUGCCUUCUGUCUCAACAAAGCCGACACCCUUGUUCUUUGCAGCGUGGUCUUGCUGUACCAGACGAUGGACCUCAAGCAGGACAGCAAGAUGUUCAAGGAUAACGAGAAGCUGAUCAACGAGAUCCUGAAGGCUGCGGAGAAGGAGAAGGCACCCGGCUUGUACCAUCUCAAACGUGUGGCCAGCACUCUUAUCACCGUCGACGAGCCCCCAUCGCCGUCCUUACCGACACCCCCAAGGCACAGCCCGGAUGCCUGCCUCGCCGCUCCCCCACAACGGCCCCAACAGGCGACGGCUCCCAAACCACAGCAGACUCUUGGUCGACACGUUGCUGCCAGCAUGAGCGAAACCGAUCUCCUCCUACAGCAAGAGAAGCUCCGCAGGAUGGCGAUGCCGUACCCCCAGCAGCAGCAACACACCGCACGUGUCGAGAAGGUGGCCCCGCGGUCGAGGAACUCCUUGGACAGCCAACGUCCGACGGCCGGUCCCUCGCAGCGUGAUCAACGGCUGUCGCUCAGCCAAGCCCAGGCUGCACAGGCAGCGAUGCUCGCCCGCCUUUCAACUUCCCCGAAUUCCAGGCAUCAGACGAUGGAUUAUCUCCACCUCGACUCCCACUCUCAACCCUCCUCGCCCGUCCAAGCCCGUGGUAUCCAUGGAUCUCACCAACAACAACAACACCAACAACUCCUCCAACACCAUCAACAACAACAAAAAGCCAACGGCGGCAACAUCUCCACCGCCGAAUGGGAAGCCCUCCUAGGCUCCAUCGAAGGCGGCCAAAUCAACGUCUACGACGCCAUCUACGGCGGUCCCAGCCUCUCCCUCGCCGACACAACUCCCACAACCACCUCAACCACAUCCGCCCCAUCUCACCUCAUCUCCCCGACCCACCAAACACCCUUAUCCACCUCGUCCUGGUCCCCGGAUUCGUGGGAUCUAGCCGGGUUUAACUUGGGGGAUUUCGCGCCUGGGGCGUCGGCGGGGUCGUCGCAUAGCGUGGUGAGCUUGAGUGAGGAUGGGUUGAGCUCGAGUGAUGAUUUGGUUAGUGUGGGGAGUGCGAUGGAUUUUGGGAGGGGUAGUGUGGGUGGUGGUGCUGGUGGUGGCGGAGGGAUGAUGGGGCCGGAGGGGUAUGUGUUGGAUGGGUUGGAUGGGUCGUUUGGGCUUUGA